ACUACAAUCCCCAGAAGCAGCUGGGAGACCAAAGUCAGACAGUGAUUGGUGGACGGCGCCGUGACGUCACCACUGUGGUUUAUUUAAACGCAGCUCUCCACAUUCGCGCAGAGAGCUCGUGGAGACUUCACUGUGGACGGAGCGCCGCGCCCUGAGCUUGUGGAAGGUAUUUUGACCUGCAGGAUUCACUGAAAAUGGCAUCUGCUGAAGACAUCCAGGUCAAGGAGCUGGACAAGCGGGCUUCCGGCCAGGCUUUCGAGGUGAUCCUGGGUGCUCCUGCUCCUGACAGUAAAGGGGAGUUCCCCCUGUCGCCCCCCAAAAAGAAGGAUGUCUCUCUGGAGGAAAUUCAGAGGAAGCUUGAUGCUGCAGAGGAGAGGCGCAAGAAUCACGAAGCCGAGGUUCUGAAGCACUUAGCUGAGAAGCGGGAGCAUGAAAAGGAAGUGCUACAGAAAGCUAUGGAGGAGAACAACAACUUCAGCAAGAUGGCGGAGGAGAAGCUCCAGCUGAAGAUGGAAGCCAACAAAGAAAACCGCACGGCGCUUAUGGCAGCUAUGAACGAGAAGUUCAAAGAAAAGGACAAGAAGUUGGAAGAGGUGAGGAAGAACAAGGAGACCAAAGAUCCCUCAGAAGGAACCUCGGAAGACUGAAGGGAAGGGGAACGGGGGUUGUAUAGGGUUUUUUACGUAUCCAAAGAUUGAUUUAUUUUUUGUUCAUCUGUAUUGUUUUUCACCUCCUACCUUUUGAAAUAAAAAUUCCACUUUGUCAAUUUUUCCAAACCUCCUGCUAGGAGUGUACUUGCGCUGGUUGUAAAUGUGGAUCAUUCCUCCCCUUGAGUCUGCUAUCAUCUGCUAUGUAGCUUGUCGGUGCAACUUCAGCCCUCUCUUUUCAAAAUUGGUGUUAUCCUAUUUGGGAAGCAUGUUUCUAUGCAUUAGCCUUUUAUUACCACCUGUUCCAUAGUGCGGUCUGAGCAUUUCUGUGAACCACACCUGUUCUCGGCACUUAACUGUAAAUUAAAACGUAGCACAAGGUCCAUUCAAGGUGUUGACUGUUAAAAUAUGAGGUGUUAGCAGCUUUGCUACCAGGUUCUGCUAUUGCAGGUCAUGUCUUGUGCUGCUGUUCCUCUGAUUUUGUACAGAAAUGCAGGAUUCUUUAGAAGCACAUGACUUGGCUGUAUCUUAACAUUGAAAUGGAGGUUUUAAACAUCACUGAUCAAAUGUUCACCCACAGGAUGCAAAAGAGCAAUACACAUCUGGCAUCUGAAAAGACCAUCUGGCUAGUUGGCUUAAACUGUUGUACUAAAUCAAAUAAAGUGUAAACUUUUUGGUUGCUGUUA